AGUAGACCUGCAAACGCAUUCAAGUCACUAGCAACAACAAGCACGCAACGCAAAGAGUGAAAAGAGGGACUCAUACGAGUCCGAUCCCUUUUUUCUCUGAGCCCGUGAGCAAGCAAGCAUGAGAACCACCCUGCAACGAACCGUUGUUUGGCACGACGGCGAAGGGACUUGCAAAGGGAAUGGCGAUGUGAAUACAAAUGUCACUAUCGAAGAAGACCUGGUUCUCCUCUUUCUGGGAUGCGAGGCCCUUCCCCCCUACGGUCCCUACGACCACACGGCCUUGCUAUUUCUGGAUCUGAUCGCAUCCGCCCUCUCGUACACACUCCAGCCGAAUCACGAGCGCACGAUCGUCCUGGAGGUGUACGCGGUGUCCGAGGAAGAAGGCCCUACACGCUAUCCGUCUGACGAGGACAUGGAAAGAUGCGACGGCGUGAUUAUUCCGGGAUCCUUUUCUGCCGCGUACGACAAAGAGAAACAAUGGAUCCUAGUAUUGAAGGAUUGGAUCCAAACCAAUUUGGUGGCUCGCUCGGUCCCCACCCUCGGUGUUUGCUUCGGUCACCAGCUGUAUGCACAUUCGUUUUCUUCGAGCUGUUUGUCGAAUGGCGGCAUCGGCGACGAAGCACCGAACCACAACGACUCUGAAAAACACAAUGGUGACGGGGUUGCCAUAAAAUGCCCGGCUGGUCCACAAGCCGGACGAAAAACGACCGAAUUGACAGCCGCCGGGAGAGCCUUUGUGAAAGGAACUCUCAACAACGGCAAGUGCAGUACAACUUGCACAGAUACUGGACUCGAUCUAUUCUACACACACGGCGAUAUGGUGGAAAGCCUCCCUUCUCAAGGUGUGUCUCUCGGAGGGAACAAAAACGUACCUAUCCAAGCUGCGAUUUACUUCUCUGCUCCUGUUUCUGAUUCGUGUGAUAGUACUCUUCGUGACAUUCUCUGCGGUAACGUUGGUGACGACGAAGACAACAAAGAUAAGGAAGCCAAAGACGGCCGUCCGAAAGUGAUAGCGGUCACGUUUCAGGCCCAUCCAGAGUUUUCGUCGCUUGGAAACGAAUCAAAAGGGGACGAAACCCUUCACAAGACUAUGAAACUAAUGAAAGAGAACGGUGAUUUGAGCGAGCAAGAUUUUCUCGCUGCCAAAGAUGAUGCGUAUGCAAGUGUUCUACGGGUCAAAGAACACAGCGUGAAUGCCAUGAUCACGGCUGGUAGACUAUUGGAUUGGUUUCGGUAUACAUGACCAAUUGUAACACUUGAUGCUUGUUUUAUGUUGAAGUUCUUUUCCAUGAAUGGAUGCAGACGUACAAUUAUUUAUCGAAUUCUACAUCACAAGAUUCGAUUCUAGAUUUCUUGUGCAUCGGAACAUAAAAAAUUGUGUCCAUU